AAAUACAUAUAGAGUAGUAGUUAAUUUAAAAUAUAAAUUGCCAAUUUACUAUACUCAGACAGUCGGACUUGUGUUGUGUUGUUGUGGUGUUCGAAACGCAAAGAUAUGUUUUUCGAAUUUGUUUGUGAUUGUGAUAUUUCUGUUGUUUAAGUAGUUGUCUUCGUAGUCUAGUUUUUUCUUUCUUUCUUUUUUUUUAAAUAAACUGAAAUAAAAUUCUCUUACAUUUUGCUGAAGGAAAUACCUCACCACAUUUACAAAAGAUUGAUGAGUGUAAUCAUUGAUUAUUAUUAUUAGUAUUAUUGUAUUAUUAAGCUCUUCAUAUGAUGGUGAUAAUAAUACUACAUUCAUAGUUAGAUAACAAAGGCCAUUUGUUAAUGAUAAUAAUAAUAAUACUGGUGAUGAGCAAAUGUUCAAGUUAUUUAUUCAAUAGAAGAAGAAUAUAUUUAUAAAAACUUGAAUGAAGAACGACAAAAUAAGAGUGCAAAAAAUUUAAAAUAAAGAAUUGGAAAACAAAAGUGGUUAGCAGCAAUGCACCCAUGUGAGAGACUGGCUUGGAGUAUAUAGGAAGAAGUUCUUGAUUAAUAUGGGCCAGACUAGUAGCAUACACAGCAAUAGCAACAAUGUCGACAUUACUGGCAGCCAAUCAGCGCUUUACAGAGAGAGAAAAAAUGCUACCCUACCGGGAAAAAAUGCAACAAGUGGAGACGGUGCUACCUGUCGUAAGGUACUUGAUUUACAAAUGCAUGCUGGUGAUCGCAUACGACCCGUUACCAUGGCUGCGGCCACCCUAACAAACUACAAUGCCGAAAGUGAAUUGAAAAAACUGGAAAUUGUGUCAAAGCAGCAUACAGAGCAAAUGAGUUCAGCUAUUGAGAAUGGUUAUCACAAAACCGAUUACUGCUACUACCGUACGCCACAGGGUAAUUUUCACAAAUUGCCCACAGAUUCAUAUCACAAAAUGAGCGAGGGCUGUUACGUACGUUUGCCCGAUGGCAACUAUCGCCGCUUGCACGUACUCGAUAAGGCCAAUGCGAGUAAAAAGCUCUUGGACUCUAACUUCAAUCGCAACUCGCUAACAAUUCAUUCCAGCAGCAAUGACGGCAGUAGCACAAACAAUAACAGCAGAAAUAUUGUGACUGCCGGAGACAAAAUGCAAGCAAUGUCGCUGCAUCAACCGCAACCGCCACCCACCAAAGUAAAGAAUCAAAUGUUGAAGUUUUUAAAACGUUCCAAAUCCCAUACACCAGCUACUAUCAAACAAUUACACAGUUAUAACAAGGAAUUUAGUUACAUUGAUAGAAAGCUAAAUGCCAAAUUAACACCACACGAAGGCGUCACAUCGCUGACACCAGUGAAGGAAGCUGGUAACAUUCCGUCUACCAAUAAUAAGGUGGUAAUCACAAUGAUGGAAAAUGGUGGUCUGCCAAUAAUUGCCACCAGUAAAGCAGAGAAAUCUAAAAAACACGAAUCGGAUAGUACAGCUAAGUCAAAACUAAAAAAGGGAUCUCCUAAUAUGGCUAUUCGCAGCAGUGCACCAAUGCGUUGGCGUGCUACCGAAGAGCAUAUUGGCAAAUACAAACUCAUUAAGACAAUUGGCAAAGGCAAUUUUGCAAAAGUUAAACUAGCUAAACAUUUGCCUACCGGUAAAGAGGUGGCUAUUAAAAUUAUUGACAAAACCCAAUUGAAUCCGGGUUCGCUACAAAAAUUGUUUAGAGAGGUCAGAAUUAUGAAAAUGCUUGAUCAUCCCAAUAUAGUGAAACUUUUCCAAGUUAUUGAGACCGAAAAGACUUUGUAUUUGGUAAUGGAAUAUGCCUCUGGUGGUGAAGUUUUCGAUUAUUUGGUAUUACACGGCCGUAUGAAAGAAAAGGAAGCAAGAGUGAAAUUCCGGCAAAUUGUUUCAGCUGUGCAAUAUUGUCAUCAAAAACGUAUAAUACAUAGAGAUUUAAAAGCUGAAAAUCUGCUGUUAGAUAGUGAGUUGAACAUAAAAAUAGCAGAUUUUGGAUUUUCAAAUGAAUUUACGCCUGGUUCUAAGCUGGACACGUUUUGCGGCAGCCCCCCAUAUGCCGCACCCGAACUAUUUCAGGGCAAGAAAUACGACGGUCCUGAGGUUGAUGUUUGGUCCCUAGGUGUUAUACUUUAUACCCUAGUAAGUGGGUCAUUGCCUUUUGAUGGCUCCACUUUACGAGAACUGCGGGAACGUGUGCUCAGAGGCAAAUAUAGGAUUCCCUUCUACAUGUCUACUGACUGUGAAAAUCUUUUGCGUAAAUUUUUAGUAUUGAAUCCGGCAAAACGUGCUAGUCUCGAAACGAUCAUGAGUGAUAAAUGGAUGAAUAUGGGGUUUGAAGAUGAUGAAUUAAAGCCCUAUAUUGAGCCAAAGCAAGACCUAGCCGAUGUCAAACGGAUAGGUAAGACGGAAGCUCUUGUUGCAAUGGGCUAUAAUAGGCAGGAAAUCGAAGCUUCAUUAUCACAAGUUCGUUAUGAUGAUGUCUUUGCAACGUAUUUAUUGCUGGGAAGAAAAAGUACUGAUCCUGAAAGUGAUGGUUCUCGAUCUGGCUCUUCACUUUCUUUGCGCAAUAUAUCUGGUAAUGAUGGGACAGCUAUAUCUGCAAAUGCUUCUGUGCAAAGCCCAACACACCGCGGUGUCCAUAGAAGCAUUUCUGCUUCUAGUACAAAACCAAGUAGAAGGGCAUCUUCAGGGGCUGAUACACUACGUGUUGCUCCUGGUAAUACAGCUGGUCAAGUUGCUACCACAGGAACAGCUGGUACCGUUCCGUCCAGCACUAAUUAUGCAAUUGCUGGUACUGGAUCAUCUGCAGAAAGAUCUUCAAUAAGUAGCAACUUUAAGCGCCAAAACACCAUAGAUUCAGCUACAAUCAAAGAAAAUACAGCUCGUCUUUCGGCCCAAAAUCAAAGGCCGGCAUCUGCCACACAUAAAUUAUUAGCAACAGCAGAUACAUCUAUUAGUAGUCCCAAACCACGUUCUACGCCCAAAUACGAUCCACCAAACAGUAAUCGUCCUUCGGCUACUGUAAGCAUGAUGCCACGACGCUCAACAACUCUAUACGAGAAGACUUCUUCAACCGAGAAAACAAAUGCAAUUUCAACAGAUUCAAACGUGUUCAACGAUCUUAGAGUGACAUCGGCUGUUAAAUCUGGCAGACAUUUUCCCAGGAAUGUUCCAUCACGUUCAACCUUUCAUUCGGGUCAAACUAGGCCACGUAAUAACACUGCUUUGGAGUACUCAGCCACAGGUGGUGUGCCCGGGGAGUCUCCUCAUCCAGGUCGCAUGAGUUUCUUCUCAAAACUCUCCUCGCGGUUCAGUAAGCGCAGCAAUUCGAAUACCGAAGAAUCGGCUAAGCCCAGAGUACUGCGCUUUACCUGGUCCAUGAAAACAACGUCGCCUUUAAUGCCCGAUCAAAUAAUGCAAAAGAUAAGAGAGGUGCUAGAUCAAAACAACUGUGACUACGAGCAACGUGAAAGGUUUGUUUUGUGGUGUGUUCAUGGCGAUCCUAAUACUGACUCGUUAGUACAGUGGGAAAUAGAAGUUUGUAAGCUACCACGUCUGUCACUAAAUGGAGUUCGUUUUAAACGCAUUUCUGGCACUAGCAUAGGUUUCAAAAAUAUUGCGUCACGUAUUGCGUUUGAUCUACGUCUGUGAUUUUGUCAGGAGAAGGGGAGGAGUCUAAGCAAAAGUAACGAGUCAACUUUUUGAAAGAGACCCCUUACCAUCUUUAUUCAACUAUCCUUUUUCUUCUCAUCAAAUCACUAUAUAUCCCAGACACAUGCACACACACACACAUACAUACAUACGUACACUCCUCCUACAUUUUAUCCUUUUUACUUCCUCAUUUAAAUAACAAUAGUGCAUGCAAGCAUAAAUUACAUACAAAUCCAUACAUAAUUACUAUACAUUGGAGUGUCCCGUUGGACAAAAUCUGUAGAAAUACCACCCAAACAAUGCGAUGAGCUAAGACAAAAAAUAUAUACAUACAUAUUAAGUCAUCAGUUUCCUACCAGUGAUAAAAGAUCGAGUCGUUUUUAUAAAUUUUUGUCGCAGAAUUCUCUUCCGAUCGAAAGCGGAAUUAAUUCCGUAUUUUGGUUCUUCAGAAAAGUUAACAAAAGACGUUAACAUUCAGUUUUCUAAGUGAAAUUGGUAAGAAUCUGAAGACUUGAUAAUUUAUUAUUUUUCCCGUAUUCAGUUUAUCAAUACGUACUGUUUGACUGAAAUUCCUACAAUAUAUUCGCAAAUGAUAUAUUCAUCAGGACACUGCUAUAAACAUAUACAGUUACUGACAAUGCAAUAAGGUCAAAUAUAUUUAUCAAUAUUCAAUAUUAUGUAUAACUUUUUUUAAACUAAAUUUUAGGAAAGAUCGAAAUUAUUGCCAAUAUGACACAAAAAUAUUCACAACCAUUAACUUUUAAUAUAAUUGUCUAAAACCUAUGUAGAUUGGAAACUUUUCUGUGAAAGACCUAACUCAGUUGUCAAAAAGCUAAGUGGUGUGAAUGUAUUAUUAAGAAACAACUAUGUGAAAACCAAAACAACACUAGAAUAUGUGACUAUUUUAAGUAAUUGAAUAAAAUUAGUCAUUUCCGCCCUAUGUUUAUUUCUCUGUGGUCUCAAACAUAGAGAAAAGCACAUAGCGAGGAAAAUAGAAAAAAAUUACAUAUUAAAAAAUUUCUUAUAUGUGAAUUUUUGAGUAAUUUUUUUGUUUUUGUUUUCACAUAGUUGUUUUUACUAAUACAUUCUCAUGACAACUGAGUUAGGUCUUUGACAGGAGUAUUUCCGAUCUAUGUGUGUUUCUCUAUGGUCUCAAACACUACAAGUCCUUAUUCAAAGUGCACAAAACAAUAGCGGUAGCAGUAAAUUCUUUAAAAUAUUUCUCAAUUUUCAGUGAAAAUAUCAUUUUUAGUUACAAAAUAUUGUCACUGAAAUUUUUAAGAAAUUUUGACAAAUUUACUGCUCUCUCUUGAAUUUUUGUGUUCGGGACCAUGAUACAAUAAUUGUAGGGAAAGUUUUCAAUAUUUAGCUCUUUAACGUCAAACUUUGAUUUUAAUGUUAUUAUAUUAUUUCUUUUGUUUGACGUUACAAGAAUUGUUUAAUUGAGAAUUUAUUUUCUACUGAGUGUACCUUAUGUUGUUGUGUCAUGUUCGGGACUAUAUAACGUUGUGAGUUAUUCCUUGCGACACAUUUACAACAAUAUGACAGUAAUAUUUUGUUCGCUGUGACCUAAAAGAAGGCUAUCUUUAAAAAAUAUAUAUAACCUUAUUGAUUUGUCUGUAGCUGUAAAUAUAAAUAUUAAGAAAGAAAUAAAUAACAAAAUUAAUUUGUUAAAAUAUAUAGUAUAACAAACAUACAUAAAUUCAUACAUACAUAUAUACAUACAUAUGUAUACUUCUCGUAUGUAUAGUAAUGUGUAAAACAAACAAGAUUUUCUAAGAACAAAAUAAUAUAUAGUAGUAUAAAGUUAUAAAUGCACAAUGGAGAAAAAAUAUUAUUAAAGAAAAUAUAUUAAAAUAAAAUACAAAAUUUAGUGGAUUUCAUUUAAGCUCAUGUACAUCAUUCUUGCGCACACUUGGCUUGACUUAUGUACAUACUUACUUAUAUACAUAUGUAUGUAUUAAGUCAGCUAUAUCAAAAUAUUUCGAUAUUGAGAUUCUUGAAUAUGAGCUUAUAUGAAACUUCUUUAUUAUUUUAAUUGAAUAAUUAUUUAAUUGGUAUACUUAUUUAUGUAUAAUGUAGGUUGCAUUAAAUGCAUUCAUAUGUAUCAUAUUUUUAUUUAUGUUCAUCCAAUAUAGCUCUGUAUUAAAAAAUAAAAAAACAUUAGGGUCGCUGUAAGUGCGCCAUUUAAUACAAUAUAUGACAAUUAAAUUAUGUACUUGACUUGACCAGAGCCGACCCGACGAUCUUAUCUAAUUAAACAUCAUUUUAAUCAUUAAUAAAGAUCAAUUGUUUAUUAUAUUUAUAGGAUUAUAAGUUUUUUUUUUACUACAUAUUAAUAUUCUUUUAUUAAUUUAUUUUAAAUACAGUUUCGUAAAUGCUAAGCUAGCCGAUUAAUCGUUUGUAAUAUAUGAUUUUCUGACAGUGUAAAUCGCCGUUUUUAUCAGUUUUUUUUUUUUUGAUUUUCACUGUAGAUAUAAAACAUACGGAGCUGGUAGUUGUUUCUCUGUUUUCUCUAUUUAGAUUCGAAACAAAACAUUUUCGAAUUUGAAUUGAAUUACGGAGUGAGUAGCCACCUUGGUCAUCUAUUCAUUGAAUCGUUUUAAACACGAACAAUUUAUAAAUCACAAUAUUAUUGUUUUGAAAAACCUUGGAAUAAAUUAUUCUAAAUAUCAAACACUUAAAAAACGCCAUCAAAUUGAAUCUUAAAGAAAUGUAUUUUUUUAAUAUUCUCUUCAUGUAAAAUUGUUCGAUUGAAAAUUGCAGUGAAAGUCUUUUUAUACAAAAAGAAAUAUACAUAAAUAAAUAUUUUAUAAACUAACUUGAAAUUGUUAGAAAACCUUUAAAAAUUAACUAUUAUAAGAGUUUUAUUAUCCGACCACAAAUUAUAAAAUAAACAACCUGAAUUCGUUUAACAAAACUUAACUUUGAAAACAAGUAAAUUUUUCGAAUUCAGUUUACGGAACAGUAGGGAAAGUCUUAUCCAUAGAAUAAAUACAUAGAACGGAAGGAGACGGAGGAAUGUCAGUGAAAAACAUUAAACAAAAUUACUCUCUUUUGACACAUUCUAAUGAAUUAGGAUUUUGACAACAGACUUAGGUGUUUGCCUCUCAGUUACCUACCUAAUUGGAUUCGAAAGGAAAUCUUCGAAUUACAAUGAAUUUAGCACUCAUUUUGGAACAUUUUCGUUUUGAGUUACUCGUAUACAUAAAUAAAAUUCUAAAACGAAAACAAAAUAAUAUAUAGAAGAGAGACAUAAAUAUAACCAACUAGCUGAGCUACAAGUAUACAUUGGACCUGCCCUAAAACUAACCGAAUCCCAAGUCGAAAAUGUGAAUUUUAUUUUUAACAAAAUUUGGCGAUUUAAGGAAUCGUUUUUAGACAUUCGAAACAAAUAAAUUAUUCUUUCUAAAAAGACAUCAAACACUAAUAUCGGAUAGAUAUUUUCCCAAACCAUAUAUUCUACGAAAACUACUGUAUAUUUUAGCUAAAUGUCUGUUUAUCCAAAUAUUGGGACAUUUCGUAUAACUUGGCUAUCAAUUAUUCGGUAUUAGUAUUUUAUAUCAUAUUAGAUAAUUUUAUGCCGAAUUUCAAACGACUUUAAAAGAAUGUACAAUGUACAUUUAGUUAUCUGCUUAUGAUUUUAAAAUAAAUAGUAUUUCUAGUAUUUAAUAUAAUAAACGACAUAUUCAACAUUAUGAACUUAAAUAAAUACAUUCAAGUAUAUAAAUAAAAUAAAGGUUUUUGUAAUAUAAAGAAAAUAGUUGAACACACUCACUAUUCAAACAUACACUAUACAUAUUUCUCCAAAAAUAAGAAACCACCAUUCUUACUACAUCUUCUUUAAUACAUAAUAAAAAAAUAAAUAAAUGUAAUCUAUUACCAUUGGCCAAA